UAAGCAGUAAAUAAUUUUACUGGAAGCAUUUGAAUAUCUGGACUCGUUCGUUUAUAAAAUAUUUAGUUGUAAUGCGGCUAAAAGGUCGAGUUGGGCGUAUUUAUUGUUUUAAAUAAGCGUUUGUUUAGAAUAACACCUCGUAUGUGAAUUCUCGGAGGGGGAGGGAGAGGAGAAAGAAGCACAGAGCGAAGGAAGAGGGGGGUCUGAGGACUUAAUUAAAACAGAUUGCUUUAUGCGUAGUCGUGCGUGGCGAGAAAGCGAGAAAUUACACAGCGUUGAAAUAUUUAUAACUGUAAAUAUUUGGCGGGUGCUCGUUGGGGUUGUUGCGUUGCUCGUUUUUACACGACUGCUCGCUGAAAGAGACGGCUGUUGUUAAAUCGUAAAGGAGGCGCAGCAGCAUCUCAUGGUGGUGUCCCUGCAGGCGUGGAAAGAAAGUGCGUUGUUAUUAGUUGACACGGAUCAUCCUCCUCCUCCUCCUCCCCAUCCGGCCUGCUGAGGAGCGAAGCCGGGAGCUGGAGUUUGCUACAGAGCACCCACCAUGGCGGUAAACCUGGACAAGGAAGCGUAUUACCGCCGGAUCAAGAGGUUGUACAGCAACUGGAAGAAAGGAGAGGAUGAGUUUGGUAAAGUCGACGCUGUCGUGGUUUCCGUCGGGGUGGAUGAGGAGAUUGUCUACGCUAAAUCCACGGCCAUACAGACCUGGCUGUUUGGCUACGAAUUGACAGACACCAUCAUGGUGUUCUGUGACACCAAAAUCCUUUUCCUGGCCAGCAAGAAGAAGGUGGAUUUUCUCAAACAGCUGACUAUAACGAAGGGCAACGAGAACGCCAACGGUGUCCCACCCAUCACUCUGCUAACCAGGGAAAAGAAUGAAAGCAACAAGGGCAACUUUGACAAAAUGAUUGAGGCGAUCAGAGGCAGCAAAGAAGGAAAGACAGUGGGGGUCUUUAGCAAGGACAAGUUCCCUGGAGAGUACAUGAAGAGCUGGAAUGACACCAUCAAUGCAGAAGGACUGGAGAAGGUGGACAUCAGUGCUGUGGUGGCGUACACGAUGGCAGUAAAGGAGGAUGGAGAGCUCGGCCUGAUGAAAAAGGCAGCAGCCAUCACCAGCGAGGUUUACUCCAAGUUCUUCAAGGAGCGUGUGAUGGAGAUUGUAGAUGCAGAUGAGAAAGUACGCCACAGCAAACUGGCAGAGUCUGUGGAGAAGGCCAUUGAGGAAAAGAAGUACCUGUGUGGGGCUGAUCCCUCCACAGUGGAGAUGUGUUACCCUCCCAUCAUUCAGAGCGGAGGAAACUACAGCCUCAAGUUCAGCGUCGUCAGUGAUAAGAACCACAUGCACUUCGGCGCCAUCACGUGUGCCAUGGGGAUCCGCUACAAGUCGUACUGCUCCAACCUGGUGAGGACCCUCAUGGUGGACCCCUCCCAGGAGAUGCAGGACAACUACAACUUCCUGCUGCAGGUGGAGGAGGAGCUGCUGAAAGAGCUCAAACACGGCGUGAAGAUCAGUGACGCUUACAACGCUGUGCUUGAUUACGUGAAGAAGGAGAAAUCGGACCUCGUAGCAAAGCUGACGAAGAACAUCGGCUUUGCAAUGGGAAUUGAGUUUAGAGAAGGGUCCUUGGUCUUAAACGCUAAAAACCAGUUCAAGCUGAAAAAAGGCAUGGUUCUGAGUAUCAGCUUGGGUUUUUCUGACCUCAUAAAUAAGGAAGCUAAGAAGGACGAGCAUAAAAAGUAUGCCUUGUUUAUCGGCGACACAAUACAAAUCAAUGAGGAAGAGGCAGCAACGAUUCUCACACCAGUCAAGAAAAAGAUAAAAAACGUGGGAAUUUUCUUAAAGAAUGACGAUGAGGAGGAUGAAGAGGAGGAAGGUGAUGAUGCUGAGGAGCUGCUGGGGAAGGGAGCUCGGAGCGCGGCGCUGCUUGCAGACAGAACCAGAAACGAGAUGACGGCGGAGGAGAAGAGGCGGGCUCAUCAGAAGGAGUUGGCCAAUCAUUUGAAUGAGGAGGCCAAGCGGCGUCUGACAGAGCAGAAAGGAGAGCAGCAGAUCCACAAGGCCAGAAAAUCAAAUGUGUCUUAUAAGAACAUGUCUCAGAUGCCCAGAGAAAAAGACAUCAGAGACAUGAAAAUCUUCAUCGACAAGAAGUACGAGACUGUCGUCAUGCCCGUCUUUGGUAUCGCCACACCAUUCCACAUCGCCACCAUCAAGAACAUUAGUAUGUCAGUAGAAGGAGACUACACCUACCUGAGGAUCAACUUCUACGUCCCUGGCAGCUCUCUAGGCCGACAGGAGGGAAAUAUCUUCCCCAAUCCAGACGCCACAUUUGUUAAAGAGAUCACGUACCGAGCAUCCAACCUGAAGGCUCCCGGCGACACGUCAGUGCCUUCCACCAACCUGCAGAACGCGUUCCGCAUCAUCAAAGAGGUGCAGAAGCGCUACAAGACACGAGAGGCAGAAGAGAAGGAGAAGGAGGGCAUCGUCAAGCAGGACUCGCUGGUCAUUAACCUCAACCGCAGCAACCCCAAGCUCAAAGACCUUUACAUCAGACCCAACAUCGCACAGAAGAGGAUGCAGGGAUCACUGGAGGCACACACCAACGGUUUCCGUUUCACGUCGGUCCGCGGUGAUAAAGUGGACAUUCUUUACAACAACAUCAAACACGCCAUCUUCCAGCCAUGUGACGGGGAGAUGAUCAUCGUCCUGCAUUUCCAUCUCAAAAACGCCAUCAUGUUCGGUAAGCGACGCCACACAGACGUCCAGUUUUACACAGAGGUCGGCGAGAUCACCACAGACUUGGGCAAACACCAACAUAUGCACGAUCGGGACGACUUGUACGCCGAGCAGAUGGAGCGGGAGAUGCGGCAUAAGCUGAAGUCGGCCUUCAAGAACUUCAUCGAGAAGGUGGAGACACUGACGAAGGAGGAGCUGGAGUUCGAGGUGCCCUUCAGAGACCUUGGGUUCCAGGGUGCCCCCUACAGGAGUACCUGCUUGUUACAACCCACGUCCAGCUCCCUUGUCAAUGUUACUGAGUGGCCGCCGUUUGUUGUCACUCUGGAUGAGGUGGAGCUCGUCCACUUUGAGCGUGUCCAGUUCCACCUUAAGAAUUUUGAUGUGGUCAUCAUCUACAAGGACUACAGCAAGAAGGUCACCAUGAUCAACGCGGUGCCUGUUAACUCGCUGGACCCCAUCAAAGAGUGGCUCAACUCAUGUGACAUCAAGUACACAGAGGGAGUUCAGUCUCUGAACUGGACUAAAAUUAUGAAGACCAUCGUGGACGACCCAGAGGGCUUCUUUGAGCAGGGAGGCUGGUCUUUCUUGGACCCAGAGAGUGAGGGAAGUGGUGGAGAGGAAGAUUCAGAGUCAGAAAUGGAGGACGAGACGUUCAACCCAUCGGCAGAUGAAGAGGAGGAGGAAGAGGAAGACAGCGACGAAGAUUACAGUUCAGAAACUGAGGACUCUGACUACAGCGCGUCACUGGGCAGUGAGGAGGAGAGCGGCAAAGACUGGGAUGAGCUGGAGGAAGAAGCCAGAAAAGCUGACAGAGAGAGUCAUUAUGAGGACGAGGACACCUCCAACAGGAAGAGAAAGGUUCGGCCAUCAGCUCCUCCACCCAGCAAGAAGAAGCGACGAUCCUAAACAUGACAGACACACACACACACACACACACACUGCCAAACCUAGCUGACCCUCAGCCCCUCUUCUUACACUGACUGGCUCUUUUGACUCGUACACUUCACACUAUACAGGCACGUGUAUGUGUAUAUAGCCGUAGAAGCCCCAUAUUUUUGUGUUGGUCGGUGAAGUGUCAUGUUGAAAUAACAGAACCAGCAGGACAGCCACGCGCACUUCAUUUGUUCUGUCCCCUCUUUAUAACCCCCCCCCAUCUCCUAUUUUUAUCCACCCAACCAUCUGGGUUUUGUGUGUGUGCGUGUGUGCAUGUGUUUAAAUGGGUUUUUAUUGCGAGCGUUGUUUAUUUUCUGUUAAAGAUAAGUUUCUUAACUAAUGGAUGAUAAUAAAAGAGACUUGACAUAUCCCCUGCCAAGUGUUUUAUAUGCGCUGACAAACCGACUCCCUUGCUCAUCUCCUCUACUUUUCACUUUCUCAUGUUUUUUUUUUCCAGUGUUUGUUAAAUUGUGCCCAUUAGUUGGACAAUUUGUCUUUUUCAAAGGGGCCCAGAGACACAUUCAAGUUUUUCUUUAAAUGGGUUUGUAAACUUAUGCAGACAGGCACACGCACAUACACACCGUCUCCUUCGCACUUGUCCUUGAUUUUUUGUGUUACUUUUUUUUGUUAAUUUUGAGUAGAUAUGUUGUUGUACUGUUAAUUCUUGAAAUCCUGUUUUUGUUUUUGUAAUAAAAUUAAAAGGAAAUGUAGUUGA